GCAGGGCGGCCCCGCCCCUUCCCCCGAAGCCGCGCCCACUCCGCCUUUUGUCCGACUGCAGCGCUGGGUCUGCGUCAUUCGGAGCUGCAGUGUCGGAGAGAGAUACUUUAUCUAAAGAUACAGUAAGAAAAAUGAGUGGUUGCAGAGUGUUCAUCGGUCGCCUGAACCCAGCUGCCAGAGAGAAGGACGUAGAACGGUUCUUCAAGGGCUAUGGGAGAAUCCGAGACAUUGACUUAAAAAGAGGGUUUGGAUUUGUGGAGUUUGAAGAUCCAAGAGAUGCGGAUGAUGCAGUUUAUGAGCUUGAUGGCAAGGAGCUCUGCAGUGAACGGGUUACCAUUGAGCAUGCCCGCCUACGUUCCAGAGGUGGUGGUGGUGGUGGAGGCGGGGGCGGUGGCGGUGGUGGUGGUGGAAGAGGCAUGGGAGGAGGAAGGGGAAGAUAUUCUGAUCGAUUCAGUAGCAGACGCCCACGUAAUGAUAGAAGUGCUCCCCCAAUAAGGACCGAGAACCGUCUCAUAGUAGAGAACUUGUCGUCCAGAGUGAGCUGGCAGGAUUUGAAAGACUUCAUGAGACAAGCUGGUGAAGUUACGUUUGCUGAUGCGCACAGACCAAAGCUGAAUGAAGGGGUUGUGGAGUUUGCAUCCUACAGUGAUCUUAAAAAUGCCAUUGAGAAACUCUCUGGCAAAGAAAUAAAUGGGCGAAAAAUCAAGCUCAUUGAAGGAACCAAGCGGCACAGCAGGUCAAGGAGCCGAUCUCGUUCCCGCAGCAGGAGCUCAUCCAGGUCUCGCAGCCGCUCCCGCUCUAGGAGCAGGAAGUCUUACAGCCGGUCUCGUAGCCGCAGCCGUACUCCUCGCAGUAACCAUAGCAACCGCAGCAAAUCCAGGUCUGUCAGUAGGUCUCCCGUUCCAGAAAAAGCCCCUAUGGCUGCCUCUAGGAGCCCAUCGAAGUCCCCAGCAUCUGCUGAUCACCAGAGGUCUCGGUCGAGAUCUAGAUCUGUUGAUAGCAGAAACUGAACAUUUGUACUUCAUAUUUUUCCUCCUCACCCCCUUAUUUUUGAUUCCCUCCCCUUUUAAUUUUGUUUUGUGAUGAACAUACUUGCUACUUUUUGGUAAGUAUUUGAGGAAGCGAAGCAGGAAAACUGAAGUACAGACUUUAUGCGGACCACUGAGACAGAUUCCUGUCCUUUGAUAAACACCACCUGCUUGUCUUUAAAUGUACAGUUUUUGUGUAAAUUCACCCCCCCCUCAAUAUCUGUGUCCGAGCAUUGGAUGGAUGUAUUCCAGACUCUUGUUUAUUGCUGUAAAUACCGCUGGUUCCUGUGACCAUACCACUGCCCCCCUCAGCUUUCAUACAAGGUUUCAUUUGUGAAAUUCGCUGUUCAAAUAAACUUUAUUAAAGAAAACAA